AUGGCUCCUUCAAACCCUCUCGCCAACUGGGAGAAGGUUGGCGACAGUUUCUACCGCAAAAUUCCUGCGUAUGACGCCGUCUUUGAUGAUGAUGUUGAAUUAGAGAACUACAUUGUCGCCGGCGCCCCUUACGGGGGAGCCAUAGCGCUUCAUCGCGAUGAGAGUAAGCCAUUUAAGGUACGGGAUAGUCAGGCCCGGUCCAGCAUUGGCAUUUAUUCCUGCUCAGGAAAGCAGAUUAAUCGCAUUAAUUGGGAGCAAGCUACGAUUCGGGGGCUCGGCUGGUCCGACAAGGAGGAGCUCCUAGUUGUGUCUGAGGACGGCACAGUACGCCGUUACUUCGGCUUAGACGGUGAUUUCACUUCAUUCUCGCUGGGAAAUGGUGCGGAAGAAUAUGGCGUGAGAGCCUGCCAGUUCUGGGCAUCGGGUCUUGUGGCACUGCUGUCCAACAAUCAGUUGAUCGCCGUCUCAAAAUAUGACGAGCCACGUCCGAGGCUACUAGCACCAUGCCCCGAGGGAGAGGUGUCAUCCUGGUCAUUGAUUCCCCCAGCGCAUACGCUGUCACGAUCUGUAGAGGUCUUGCUCGCUGUCGACAAGACGGUUUACUCAGUCGACUCCACCGAAGCGGAAGACAAGAUAUUGCAAGAUGGUCCCUUCAAGCAUGUCACUGUGUCUCCCACCGGUCUCCUCGUGGCACUGUUUACGGGGGAAGGAAAACUAUGGGUUGUCAGCAAUGACUUUCAAAACAAAAUCAGCGAAUACGAUUCCAAAUCCCGUGUGGCUCCUAGCAGUGUGAAUUGGUGCGGUGAUGAUGCAGUUGUUCUUGCCUGGGAGGAUGAAAUCCACCUUGUCGGGCCUAAUGGAGCUGCCUCAAAGUACUACUACGAUGGUCGGGUACAUGUCAUCCCUGAAUUUGAUGGUGUGCGCCUCAUCACCAACGAUACUUGCGAGUUCCUGCACAAGGUUACAGACGUGACAGAAGAGAUUUUCCGACUGGGCUCUUCAUCGCCUGCCUCGGUGCUGCUCGAUUCAGUAGAUCAAUUGGAAAAGAAGUCCCCCAAAGCCGAUGAGAACAUUCAGCGCAUCCGUUCGAGUCUCCCUGCCGCAGUCGAUGCUUGCAUCAAAGCCGCAGGUCAUGAAUUUGAUGCUUAUUGGCAGAAACGGCUUUUGAAAGCUGCAUCCUUUGGCAAAUCAGUCCUGGAGCUCUACAACAGUGAUGAGUUCGUUGAGAUGACUGAGAAGCUGAGAGUUCUCACAGCAGCCAGAGAUUACCAGAUUGGGUUGCCGAUUUCAUAUGAGCAAUACCUCCGCUUAACCCCAGAAGGACUCAUUGAACGACUAAUCUGUCGUCACGAGUAUCUUCUUGCUAUCCGUGUCUCUGAAUUUCUCCAAAUACCCGCAGACCGAAUCUAUGUCCACUGGGCUAGCCAGAAGGUCCGGGUAUCGACGGUCGAUGAUGAAGCCGUAUGCAAAUUGAUUGUCCAAAGACUGGAAGGGAAACCGGGCAUCUCUUUCGAAGUCAUUGCACAGACAGCUUACGACGAAGGUCGAUCGCACCUGGCCACGCAAUUGCUGAACCAUGAGCCGCGGGCAGGGAAACAAGUCCCCCUGUUGCUGAACAUGGAAGAAGAUGAGCUCGCUCUGGAUAAAGCGAUUGAGAGCGGUGAUGAUGACCUGGUGAACUACGUGCUACUGCACUUGAAGAGUAAACAUCCUCUGGCAAGCUUCUUCCGAAUGAUCAACACCCGCCCGAUGGCGUCCGCACUAGUCGAGACGGCGGCUCGAGGGGAAGACACCGAGCUUCUCAAGGAUCUUUACUACCAAGACGAUCGGCCGAUGGAUGGAUCCAACGUCUUGCUAUCUGAAGCUCUACGAGCGACAGAUCCGCAACGCAAAACAGAGAAACUCCAUCUGGCGGCGCGCCUACUGUCAGACUCAAAGGACCCGACGGUGGUGUUGCAGCAGAAACUGGUCUCCGAAGCCUCCCAGCUUCUAAAGGUUCAAGAGUCGCUCGAUAAAGAUCUCGCCGAUCACAGCGAGUAUUUCGGCCUCAGCUUGAACGAGACCAUUUACAGACUCGUUCGGGCUGGCUACGGGAAAAGAGCACAAAAGGUGCAGGGUGAAUUCAAGAUGCCCGAAAAGGCGUUUUGGUGGUUGAGACUCCGAGCCUUGGUGGCUAAGCGCGACUGGGGUGAGCUGGAGGAGAUUGGCAAGGUCAAGAAAUCCCCAAUCGGAUGGGAGCCUUUCUAUAACGAGAUCCUUGGCGCCGGAAAUACAAAGCUCGCCUCGGUUUUCGUCCCGAAAUGCACGAAUCUUCCUGUCGCCGACCGAAUUGAAAUGUGGGUGAAGUGCGGAAUGAUUGUCAAAGCGGGAGAAGAGGCACACAAGGCCAAGGACGUGAACACCCUCGAACUCCUCCGGACUAAAGCGUCCGGUCCUGCAAGUACUGAGAUUGAGCGCAUGAUCAACCAGCUCAGGCCGAGGAAGUAG